CGUGUGAUCCUAAUGUGCGAAGCUGCUUUCGAAGUGAAUAGAUUUGAAAUUUUGAGACUAGUAGUUUGGAGCUUGCUCUGUUGCUACUUCUUUUACGAUUAUAUGUGGUUAUGCUGAUUGAUUAAAAUUGGGGUUCCUUGUAUGGCUUUAGAAUUCUCCAAAUCAAGUGUCAGUCACCAUUUUCACAUCCAAAAAACUGAUUUUUUGAUUAUCCGAUUUGCUUUCAUUGCGAUGCACCUGCCGUUUUAAUACGUCCUUUGCAAAACAUUUUUAUGGGGUGUGGAACUAAUCUCGUUCUAAUUGAAUAUGGCCAGUGGUCCAGCAUCAUUUUCAGAUAUAGGCAAAAAUGCAAAAGACCUGUUGACCAAGGAUUACAACUUCGAUCACAAGUUUACCCUGUCAUUGCUGAGCUCUACUGGGCUGGGACUUACAGCUACAGGUUUGAAGAGGGAUCAGUUUUUUUUAGGUGACAUAAGCACCCUGUACAAGAGUGGAAACACUACUGUGGAUGUGAAAGUUGAUACUUAUUCUAAUGUGUCUACAAAAGUGACUGUGAGUGAUAUCUUGCCAACCACCAAAGCAGCAAUUAACUUCAAAAUCCCUGAUCACAAGUCUGGCAAGCUGGAUGUUCAGUAUCUUCAUCCUCAUGCAGCAAUUGAUUCCAGUAUUGGACUGAACCCAACACCUAUUUUGGAGCUUUCAGCUGCAAUUGGGAGCAAGGAUCUCAGUUUGGGUGGUGAAGUUGGAUUUGAUACAGCUUCUGCUUCCUUCACUAAGUUCAAUGCUGGGAUUGGCUUGAAUAAACUCGAUUACUCUGCGGCAAUUUUACUGACGGACAGAGGACAGGCAUUGAAAGCAUCUUAUAUUCAUUUGGUGAAUCCUGUCAAUGGAACAGCAGUUGCCGCCGAAAUGACUCACAGGUUUUCUACCAAAGAAAACAGUUUUACGAUUGGAAGCUCGCAUGCACUUGAUCCGCUAACUGUUGUAAAAACACGCUUCUCCGACAAUGGGAAAGUCGCAAUGCUCUGCCAGCGUGAAUGGAGGCCGAAGUCACUCGUUACUUUCUCAGCCGAGUACGACUCAAAGGCCAAUAACGUGGCCCCAAAGUUCGGUCUUGCCCUUGCCCUGAAGCCUUGAGAUGGGCAACUGUUUUGGAUCCUUGUUUGGCAAUUUGAAUUUAGCAACUUCGACACAAUUCCUGUCUAUUUCUUUCCCAAAAUUCCAUGAGGGUAUUAUGUGUAACGUUGAAAUUAUAAUAAUUAGUUGGUGUAACGUUAAAAUGAUUUGAAACAGUGAUAGGGAAAGUGGACCCAUUUUUGGAGGAGAAAAAAAAGGAAAUUAUAAUGAUAAUGAUUUAUUUUUCGGUCCCA